GUCCUGGACAAUUGGCAAAGGUUUUAACUCUAACAGUCUCUCGCUAGGAUAGUCAAUCGCUAUAUCCUCUGACACAUUCGUUUUUCGUCAAACCUAGAGCAAGACGUCAACAUGGUUAACGCAGGCCUUGCACUUUUGAUGCUUGCUGGCCCAGCUUUUGCUGGUGUCAUAGAGCAGCGAGGUGACCAGAACACCGAGGGAGGUAAGACUCCUGGAGCUUACGAGGCACCCCCUCCUCCGGUGUCGACUUAUGCUCCUCCUCCUCCUCCACCCCCUCCGGUGUCAACUUACGCCCCUCCUCCUCCUCCGGUGUCGACUUAUGCUCCUCCGCCGCAUUCCUCUGCGCCUCCUCCUCCACCACCACCACCACCACCUCACUCCUACCCUUCUCCUCCUCCUCCUCCUCCUCCGCCUCAUACCUACACUCCUCCGCCUCACACCUACACUCCUCCACCUCCACCUCCACCUCACACGGUGCCAACCUACACCCCACCUCAUCCAAGCCCUCCGCCCAAGUCCCAAACUACUCCUGUUGUGCCACCUCCGCAGACCAAGUCCAUUCCUCCUGGUUUUUGCGAAACGACCUUGACAGUCACUACUACUGAGUGUCCUGUCACCUCUACGGUCACCACUUCCGGUACCUCUACCAUCACUGUGCCAGUGACUCUGACCAACACCGUCACUCGCACUAUUGUCACUGUUGUUCCUACUGGCUCUACUAUCCCAGUCCAGCCUGCUCCAGCUCCAGCUCCGGCUCCAGCACCAGCACCAGCACCAGCACCAGCCCCAGCUCCGGCCCCGGCCCCGGCCUCUGGCGCUCCAGCUCCAGCUGCUCCGGCUGCUCCGGCUGCUCCAGCACCUGCUGCCCCGGCUCCUCAUUCUGAAGCCCCAGCUCCUGCUGGCUCGUCCAAGCCUACUGCUGCCGCUCCUCUCUUCACCGGUGCCGCCUCGGCCAACCAGCAGCCCGCUGCCGGCCUUGUGGUUGCUGCUCUCGGAGCUUUCGCCCUUCUCUAA